AGCGAUGCGACCCUGUCGGACCAUGUCUUCUUAUAUGGCGAGGUUUUCCUCUGCAGGAGAGUUUUUGUCUCUCUGCUCCCUCUUAAAUUUUACAUCGAUAACUCUACCCACAGCUUGAAACCUCUUCAAGAAUUAGUCCGACGGGUUCCUCUUGAUUGCGGAGCCAUGUACUCACAAUAUACUUUUUGGAUGAUGGUCCUUGGGCUGCCAACACGCGCUCUCGCCCAAAGCGUGCUGAACGAGGUCGAUAGUCAGGAUGGAAAUUCGGAUUCCACUACAAAGAACCGCAGCGUUUCGCCAAAAGGAAUGAUCAUCCUGUGUACUAUCGUCGCCCUGGUCUUGAUUAUUGGAGUUUCUUUCACAACCGUCUUCAUAGUCGCAAAGAAGAGGCGCUUGAGAGCACGCGACACACUCUGCUACCCUGAUGGCGUUACGGAAGUUAUGGAGACUCCAUCGGUCUCCAGGACAGUGACAGAAGGAAAUGAGAAACUGUCAAAAGGCUCAUCGCAUAUUGGAUCACAACCUGACCUCGAGAAGAAUGCCAGGACCGAGAAAGAGGACCCAGAUACGAGACCAAAAGGAUGGGGGACAUACUUCUCCUUCGGACGCACAUAGAUUAUGGACAUAUCUCGGUUAUUGCAGGUCCAACCGAACCUCUGGAAAAUGAACGACACGACCACUGAAUUUGCACUGAUGACGUUUUUAUUAUCAUGGCUAGCCUGUUUGCGUACUUUAUUUAUUUAUUUUUUUUUUUUUGCUAUCUUUGUGGGGUUUGCGGAGUUAGAGUUGGUGUCUUGGUUCUUCACGCUACUACUACUUCUACUACUACGGAUUAGAGCAAAAACCCCGCAUUUGGAUUUCUU